UGGAGCCAGCCCCAGCCUUGGCAGGGAGCUCCUCCGGCUCCAAAGCUGCUCACAAAGGUCCCUCCAUGUUCAGGGAGGACAGUGUGUGAGCGGAUUUUCCUUCUCCUUUCAAAGCCACCACCCUGCAGAAUGGGCCUGAGCUCUUCCAAGGCGCACCCCAAGGUGACCAAGGUGGCACCAAUGGGUGCUGGGGAGGACAUGCCUGCUCUUGCCACCCCGUACCAGCUCCCUGGUGUGCUGGGACAGCCCAGCCUGCACCCGCCAGCUGCAGCAAAGUGGGGAAAACCCACCUUUCACCAGGAACUUCCACCUCUCCGGGAAACCUGGUAUGGGAGAGCUUCUACAGGGCCCCUUUCUUUCAACACCGUGCCAGAAAAGGGAGAAGCCAGCAUCAUUAAGCAGCACCCACCUCGAAGACCUCAAAGGCUUGAACCUGCUGGUCCUGUGCAAGCAAUUGCUCCUGCAAAGCCCUGGAGUCAGCAAGAAGUGUCUCCAGUCCCCAGAAUGAAGGCUCUGGAGAAGAGGGGGCAAAGCCCGAGACACCUCCCUGGCAGACGUCAGCACUUGCACAAGCUGCAGAUGCUGGACUUGACCCGCAAGCGCCGAGAGGCAGAGCUGAAGCGAAAUCACAGGGAGGCAAAAAUCAAUAAACAAAAAAUCAAGGAAUUCAGCCCAAAGAAAGUUCUUGACACUUUCCAGAGAGGCAACAGCACCGAAAGCCAAGACCUCGUCCCUGCUGAGCACAAUCAGUGUUUUCACGGAGACGAUCGUGGGAAUACGUGGGGUGGAAGACUCUCCAGGCAGCAUGACGGGGCCGAACGCUCUCCAGGCAGGAGCAGGAAGGUUGACCUGUGGUUCUGCAGGGAGCCGCAGAUGAAGGAUCUGUUCUGGGACACCUCCAGCACAGGGUCUGAGGACUGGGAAAGGGAAGAGAAGAUUCACCGCAAACCUAUGCUUGUGAGAACCAAGACAGAGAGAAUUUCUCUCUUUGAUGACUUCUUUGACAGGGAUUUCUAGUGGCAUGGCUUGGGGCAAGAGAGAUGUGCUGAAGAAAUAUGUCCCAGCAGCUCUGGUGGGGCUGAAAACCUCCCAGAUGGGUGGACCGAGGGUGGAGACACAAUGUUUGCUGUAAGCGGCAUUUCUGGGAGUAUGGGCCAGUGGAAAAGACAGCUGGAAAUGAGGAGACCACUGAUGUGGAGUAAAUAAUGACUGUCUGGGUCAUGUGGCUGAAUCAAAAUAUCUGAGGGGAAAAGCAGUUUGGACUGAUCUGAGGGAAAAAGGAGCUUGGACUGAGCAACAGUGAAGUGGGGACAGAGGGAGGAGGAGGAGGCUGGCAAAAAAAACCCAAGCAGAAGCUGGAAAAAAUUCUGGGUUAACCCCAAAUACGAAGUUCCCACUGAAAUGAAACGUUUUGCUUGCCUUUGGGUUACUCAACCUUUCUGUUUGACUUUUUAACCUUAUAUCCUUUUCUAAACCACAAACCCCCAGUUCAAAAUAUAAGGUAAAAACAUUCAUUUAGGAAGUCUUUAAAAUAAAUACUCUGGCAUUUCUAAAA